UAUAUAUUAUAUAAAAAAUUGAUAUUUUUUUCAAGCAAUUAAAUAAAAAGAAACAAAAUGACUGAUAUAAAGCCAGUAGAUCCACCACAUUGGAUUCGACCUGAAGAAGUGCAGUUUAAAUUAUUAAGACAGCGGAAAAAUGCUCUCCAGGCUCGGAUGAACAGUAUGAAAGUCAACGCCAACAAGUCAUUGCUAAACAUAUCAAUCGAAAAGUCACCUUCUAAAUUAGAUAGCUCACAACAGAAACGAAAAAAUCCUUUUGCAAAAAAUAACUUAAACAAGCGGUCUCGUGAAGAAGUCAAGCCAGAGCUAGAUGUCAGCUGUGAUUCCAUCCUAUUUGCGCUGAUAAAUCCUAAGCCUCCAGAGCCUAAAAAUGUUUUUAUACCUAACGAGGACUCCAGCUCGAAUAUGUCUUUCUCCAGCGUUUUUAACAAACUGGAACUUGAUGAACAGCGAUUACCUGAACCGGAAUUACCUAAAGGUGAACCCUAUGUCCCAAUAGACUGGACGUUGAACACAAAAAUGCGUUUUAUGUCUCCGAAGCCGUUUGCUUGGAAUGGAAAAUUAAAGACAAGUGAGCAGGCAUCUGGAACAACCGGAUUCGUUAGAUGUUUAGAUACUGGAGAUCAAGAAUCUACUCUAGAUACCAGCCCCAAUGCACGGUUUCAUCAAUGCUGUCUAGUUUGGCAACAUCCUUCGCUGCCUUGGCUAGAACUUUAUCCUCGCUCGGCAGGCAAAGUAAGCGCAUCCUUGGCCAGUAAUUCAGCGGUAUCAAACAAUCAAUUCAUAAAAGACGCGCUUUUUUCCGAGUGGAGUGAAAGCUUCCGAUCGCUGUUUCAUCUGCUGCGUGCAGGACAGUGUCCGUAUUUCUAUGUCUGCGCCAACACAUUCACGGUAUUGUUUCGCGCUGCAGGAAUUUGUGGCAUCUCAGAAGUACAUGCACUAUUGACACCCACAACUCGUGGAUUCAGACAGUCACUCAAGCAGCAAGACAUUGAGUAUACAAUGCCUCUGCGUACGACAGGAAAAAGACGUUCUGACCCAACCGAUUCCGGGUACGACACUCUCGACUCAACAACUUCUAAUGGAGAGGAUGUUAAUGAUGAUGAAAAUGAUGAUGAUGAUGAUGAUGGCAGAGAUAAUAUACUGGAGAGUUUGGGAAUUGAGGCUUCAGAAAUCAAAAGAAUUAAUAAAUGUCAAAAGAGAAUUACUAUGGAGAAAGAAAGCGAAGUUGACGCUUCUAAACACUCGCUUAUUUUCGUCAAAGGUGUUGAAGCACAAGCGCUGUUUAAUUUUUUGAUUAAUUGUAAAUCUGCUGUAGCUAUUACUGGUGCUCUAGCUGGGGUACCACCUACACUUUUAGCUCCUGUGGCUUUUCAUGGCGCGACUCUUAAGCCGUUAAAGGUCAGAGAAAGUGUUGUAAGAAUUGAAAAUGAUAAAUUUCAUUCUUUGGAAAUAAAUGGACCAAUUUUACCACACGUAUUACCGUCACUUUGCUUUCUUAUGAAAUCGAGUCAGUUAGAAAAAUUUUCUGUUAGUUGUGCUCAAUUAAAUUCUACUAAAUCAUUUACUGAUGCAAAACACGGAUCAGAAUCUUCAGUAGAAGAGAACGAAAAUGAAAAGAACCCACCAAGUGUAUUCGGUAAAGAAAAUUUAAGUGAUUGUGGCUUGACUGGAGAAUUAUUGUCGCACUUCUGCAACUCAGAUCCUUCACGUAUUAAAGUGGUGGAAAGUCUCAAAUACUCGAGUGAAGGAUACACUUGGACGUGAUAUAAUUUUUAAUUAUUUAUUAUUCCUACGCAUAAUCACAUAAGUUUCAAAAAGGUUCGUGUAAUAUAGACAGACAAGACCGCUUACGCGGUAGCGAUAAUUUCGACGAACUACUUCCUCCGUUUACGAAGUAGGUACUACCGUUUUCUACAAUUGCUGAUGUAAGUAAUUGUUCGACUCUGCCGACAAACGGUAGGCUAUUAUAUACUGAGUGAUGUAAAAUAAAUUUUCUAGUUAUUUUGCGAUCGAUUCAAAUGAAUCAGAGGAACUCAAAAAUUUUUUACUGAAUGCUUAAUUCAAACAAAAAUCUUUUUUCUUUUCAAUCGAGAGAAAUUUUUAAUAGUUAUUUAUUUUAUUUAUUAACCAAGGUUCAAUAUUCAACAUUUUACUCCGAUAUUUAAAGUAUACAUGCUGUAUUUUUUUCCAAUUAAUUAGUUAACAAAAUCAUGUUCAAAAUCAAUAUUGUGCAUUAAAUAAUUUCAAUAGUCUAGUCAUGCCCAAAAUUUCUAGAUUUUUUAUGCUAUGACG